ACGCCUUCACCUCCUCAGUCAGUUCCGGCGGAGCGGCGCACCGUGCAGCGUCCCUCCCUCACUCCCUUACCUCAGAGAGAGCGAGAGAGAGAGAGAGAGAGAGAGAGAGAGAGAGAGAGAAGGAGGAGUAGGAGGAGAGGCACAAGAAGAAACAGUGCGCACGACACACACGCCUUCACUCCCUUCUCUCCCCUCCCGCUCUUCUUCAGCGACUCUCCGGCUCUUGGAUGCACCGUCGCCCGGCUCGGUGUCCCCGUUAGCACCGGCUUCCCAGCAGCCAUGUCCCGCAGAAAGCAGAGCAACCCGCGGCAGAUUAAACGUCCAUUCGACGAUGGUCUGGAGGAGGAAGAGGAGGAAUGCGUGUCCGAGGGGAACGAGCUCCCGGCUAAAGAGGAGUUCUCAGCUGAGGAGAACUUUACAGCAGACUUCGAGGCGGAGAACCUCGGCUGCGAGGACAUGGAGUACUUCUGCGCUAAAGGAGAAGAGACCAGCAACAGAGAGAUAGGGGAAACAGACAUGGAAGGACAGAAUAACAAGACCAGACCUCCCCCUCUGGAAACCGAAGAGUGGGAUGGUCCAAGAGAACUAGACCUGCUGAACAAAGAGGGCGAGCGGCGAGUUCAGAGUCGUCAGCAACUUCCCGUAGGGACCACCUGGGGGCCGUUCGAUGGCAAGAUCGAGAUGAGCACCGACGGAACAAACCUGAAAAGCAAGGGCCCAGUCCCAGUGGUUUUGAGCUCAGGCCCCAGGUGGCUGCUGGAUGUAACUUGGCAAGGAGCAGAAGACAACAAAAACAACUGCGUGGUGUACAGCAAAGGUGGCCAGCUCUGGUGCACCACUACUAAGAACAUAAUGGAAGGUGAAGAGCUUGUGGCGUUCGUGGUGGACUUUGACUCUCGGCUACAUUCGGUCAACCACAUGUCCCUGAGCGAGGGCAUGUACCCAGCACGUCUUCUAGACACCAUCCAGCUCCUACCACAGCAAGCCGCCAUGGCGUCCAUUCUCCCCACCGCCAUAGUUAACAAGGACAUCUUCCCUUGCAAGGCUUGUGGAAUCUGGUUCAGAAGUGAGAGGAACCUGCAGGCUCAUCUGAUGUACUAUUGUAGUGGACGGCAGAGGGACCCUGACAGUGUAACUGAGGAGAAUGAAGUGAACCCCCAUCAGACCCCGAGCACAUGUCCUUUCCCACAAUGCAACAAGAGUUUUGUUACUCCACGUGCCCUGGAAAUGCACCUGAACACACACAGUGGUGUCAAAAUGGAAGAGACCCUCCCUCCUGGCACCAGCCUGAAAUGCACAAUCUGCAACUACACAGCGGAUUCGCUCAUUACAUUCCAGCACCACAUCCUCACUCACCUCUCACAGGCGGCCUUCAGAUGUAAUCACUGCCAUAUCAGCUUCCAGAACCACAGGGAACUCUUGCAGCAUCAGGACUUACAUGGCCACUCCGGCAAGAUCCACAGGGAGAGCGACAAUGAGCAAUCACCACGGGGGACAGAGGAAAGUCUGCAGACCCGAACAGAGCUAGCUGCCAGAAAGGAGGUUGUCAUGCAGAGCCCUAAAACUGUGGUCAACAAGGACAGUGCCCCCGAUGGAGAGCUGGAAAGAAAUGAGAAAAAGCUUGUGCUUGGACUUCAGAAAGGAGAAAGCCAUCCGGGAGCCAAGGCCAGUUUCUCUUACACCAGGAUCAAGUCAGAGCCUUCCAGUCCCAGACUGGCCUCCUCACCAGUUCAGCACAACAUGGGACCCACAUUUCCCAUGGGCCCAUUCUUGUCACAGUUUGCAUUUUCCCAAGACAUUUCAGUGGUGCCCCAAGCGUCUGAGAUUUUAGCCAAAAUGUCUGAACUUGUGCAUCGCAGACUACGUCAUGGAGGGAACAGUUAUCCACCAGUCAUCUACAGCCCUCUGAUGCCAAAAGGGGCAACCUGUUUUGAGUGUAACAUAACUUUUAAUAAUCUGGACAACUACCUUGUCCACAAAAAGCACUACUGCAAUAGUCGCUGGCAGCACAUGACAAAAUCCCCUGAUUUCUCCACUGUUUCAGACAAGGUGACAGACUCUGUAAGUCCAAACAGUGGCCACACCUCAGUGGGGCUGCUUGCUGGAUGUCACCCACAAGAAACUGAUCAUCUAAUGCCAUCGCCAUGCUUGAAUUCCUCCGUUUUGGACAUUAUCAAUUCCAGUGGUAAAGUGCCUGAUAAGGACCUCGGUGGACAAGUAAAAAAAGUGACCACACCAACAGGUGUUGAAGACAGACUCAAUGGUAAGCAGGCUGAAGUCAAAAGUCCAAACACGUCCCUAGGAGACGGUGAGCAAGAUCCAAACAAAACCACUUGUGAGGCCUGCAACAUCACUUUCAGUCGUCAUGAAACGUUCAUGGUCCACAAGCAGUACUACUGUGCUACGCGCCAUGACCCACCAAUGAAGCGCAUGUCUACUAACAAGGUCCCCGCCAUGCAGAGAACCAUGAGGACACGCAAACGCAGGAAGAUGUAUGAAAUGUGCCUGCCAGACCAGGAACAGAGGCAGGCAAUGGGGGCCCAGCCUGGAUUUCUUGGUGUUUCAUCUUUGGGAAAUCCCUGUACGUCUCAAGAAACCGUGGAAGGCCUGGCUGACCGUUUCCAUCCGCGUUGUGACGUUUUUUCAGGAAUGGUCCCAAAACACCUUGAGGCUUCUCUUACUGUCACAAAAUCUAUCCUUGCUCCCAAAAGCAAUGCCCUUACUGACACGCAAGAACUGGAUGCACCCAUCGAUCUUAGCAAAAAGUGUUCGCUAGUCUCCGACAAGACAUGUAACUCACCCAAAAGACUUUUGGACUACCAUGAAUGCACCGUUUGCAAGAUCAGUUUCAACAAAGUGGAGAAUUACUUAGCUCAUAAACAGAACUUUUGCCCAGUUACCGCAGCUCAGCACAACGAGAUCGCUGGCAUCGAACAGUCUGUGUUUCCAAACAUGAAGAUUGAAGGCACCAAUCCUGAAGAUAUAUUUGACAAGAGCCCUGUGAAGUCUGAGAAAAAUGGCGGCACCAAGGUGACUGUGCAAAACGGCAGUUUGUUCCCUCAACACCUUGGUCCUAUGCCCGAGCUAAAGACUUUCACUGACUCCCAGCUCCUGCCCUCCAAAGAAGUGUUCCUGCCACAUGGCCUUUACCCAGGAGCAAUAAAAAAAAUCAAAACAACUGAGCCAAUAUCGCCAUAUUUCGGGAUAAAGCCUAGUGAUUUCCUGGCAGGAGGCAUGGUUAAACAGGGUGAACCCAGUGAUCAAGAGCAGGGUACCAAUGGAGCUAUUGAGGAAGGCAAAGAGCAACCGGCACCUAAUGGGUGCCCUCAGUCUGGCAAAGACCCACUGCCCCUGCUCCCGAAAAACAGGGGAAUGGUCAUCGUCAACGGUGGGCACAAAGUGGACGACAGCCAAUCAUCUGUACCCACUCAGCAAGAGAAUCAGCCCAAUAGCGCAUCGCCAACGGACGGGCAAAAAUCUCCCACAUGGAGCUCUGAGAACCCCCCAAAUCCCAACGGCAGCACGUCCCCCACAUCGAAAUCGCCGGUCGAGGAGGCGCCACCCGUUGUGGCCAAGGGCAUAAAUGGUUUGGCUCAGCCAGCCGGAAGCGGCAAGUACUGCCGCCUGUGUGACAUCCAGUUCAAUAACUUAUCAAACUUUAUCACUCACAAGAAGUUCUAUUGCUCGUCACAUGCCGCCGAGCACGUGAAAUGAAAUCUCAACUUUCCCUCCACCUCUCCCUUUCUCCUCCUUCUCUUUUUUCGCUACACUGUCGUGUCUGGAAUAGUGCAUCAUGCAGUUUUAUAUGCUGCUUGUGGACAAUCAAGAGCUUCAUCUUUUAAUUUCUUUUUUUUCAUCGAGACUUUGAUGCAAAACUUUUGUCAAAAAAAAGAUUCCAUGUGUAAUAUUGGUGCCACUUUCACGUUUAUUUAUUUUACAAUCAGUAUUAAUAGGAGUAGUGACCUUAAUUUAAAGACAAAAGGAAAUUUAUAUCAGAGUUGUUUGUAAUGUUAUUGUAUAGUCAUUCUUGUGUAGCAAUCAUUGUUUACACUGUAUUGUAGGUUCAACAAGACGAUAGACAAUACAAAAACGGAAAUGCAUUUUAGACACAGAAAAAUAGCUACUGAAGCACUUGUGCAUUUUUAUUUGCCGUGGUUUUUUUUUUGUUUGUUUGUUUUUUUGUAUAUGCCUAAAUGUCAUUUGCAGAACUCAAGACUUCUCAACCUUAAACGCAGUUUGGAAGGAAAACCAGGCACAACUCUGCAUCUCAUAUUUUGGCAUAUACAGUACUAUACAUCCGGCUUCACAUCUGUAUGUAGCUGUUGGUUUAAGUCCUUUUUUUUUCUUUCCUUUCUUUUUUUCUAACUCAGAAGUGCGUGUUUUUCAUCAUGAUUACGACGUUCUUGUAUAGUUCUCGUAUUUCAGUUUGCGAUCCAUUUCGGUCUCUCUUUUUAAAAAUUUGCUCUCAAUGCAAUACUUUGUAAAAAAAAAACGACAAAAAAAAGGAAAUGAAAGCAGUAUUAGGAGAACGGGAACAUGGCAGAUAUUUCUAUCUCCUUAACAACAAUUGUACGAAAGUAAUUUUAUUGAUGUUACUUAAAAAAAUGGGGUGGGAGAGGAUUUGGGGAGGGAUGGUAUAAAAAAAAAAAAAAAAAAAGAUCAUUCCAAUGUCCUUAUAAUGGAAAAAAAAUAUUUCUUAAAAAUGUUGUUGCUAUGCAUGUAUAUGGAUGGAAUAAAAUUCCAGCGCUGUUGGAAAUUUUUAUUUUGAUGUGGUGUCAUAAUUAAACCUUAAUCCUCAGGAUAAA